AUGAACUUUAAUAUAAUGGCAGCUAUGUGUGCUUCAAACAGAGGAAUCGGCUUCGAAAACAUGCUACCUUGGCCAAGACUGAAAAACGAAUAUCGAUAUUUCAUGGAUUUAACAGCGAGGACCUCAUCGCCAGACAGAAAAUGUGUUAACAUACGAGGCCGAGUCACGUGGCAGUGUGCUAGUCACGAAGGGAAAACACGGGACGUUUUCAAUAUUGUCAUCAGCAGAAAUCCAAGUAAGGAACUUCAGAGUGAUAAAUUUAUACACAAAAUAGUUCCUUCCCUUGACGAAGCUCUUCAGUACGUGGAAACAUCAUUAAAAGACCAAGUUGAAGCUGUCUGGAUAUUAGGAGGCCAGUACGUAUAUACGGACGCCAUUUCUCAUCCCUGCUGUGAACAUGUUUACCUAACCCACAUAUACGGACAGCACCAAGCCGACACCUUCUUUCCCUUAUUUGAAGAUUCCUAUGACGAGGAUCUGUCAAUCAUUUUGGACAGGACGCAGCAGAGAGAGAACAAUGUGUCUUACCAAUACAAAGUAUACACUCCUAAAAGAGCAGGCAUACAACAGACAAAAUGA